AUAAACCUAAUCCACUCCAACACAUCCCAGCUGUCCUCCCUUUCCUUUGCACGUAUUACCUGCGAAACCCUAAUAUCUCUCGUCCCUUUCCUUCCCUGAAUUCACUAUUUCCGCUCCAACUACGUACCCGACCACACCGGAUUAUUGUACCCCUUCUCUCUUUUUAAGUCAACAAUAACGACGAUCUCGUCGUACUUCAAAUUCCCGUACAGCUGUUCUUUGUUUCAUCCUUAAUUUUCAGCCGUCGGAUAAGGGAAGUGGAAGUGGACUUAGAAGAAGAAAGCAAAAAAACCGCAUAUUUAUCUCUCUUAAUCGUUUGUUUGUAAGUGUUCCAGUUAGACUUCCACCUCACUUCCUUCUUCAACCUCAGGAACACAGCCUUUUUCUCGAACAUGUCGGAGAGGAGAUUCAUAGAUUCCAGCUGUAAGAUGUCUAUUGACGGUCAACCUUAGUUAGCUUUGGGCUAUUUAAGUCGGACACUGUCAAUUUUUCUUGUGGGGGUUUCCCCUUCUAUUAUUUGGAUGGGUGUUUUGUAUUUGAAGUUGGUUUUAUGGGAAGAUCAAAAUAACUCAGCUGGUCAUAGUUUCGAAUCUUUAAUUGAACGGGAGUGUGGCCAGAACAACAAGUGAAGAACUUGAAAUGGAAGGAGUUUAUUUCUAAAUUUAGCUCUUUUGGUGGUUAUUAAGGGUUACUUGUUAUCGGCUUCUAGGGUGCUUCUUAAAGUUCUUUGUGGAUUUACGAAUUUCAUUAUAAUUUUGCUGAAACUAAGAGGCUUACAAAAGUAAUUAUGGGAACGGAAGAGGAGAGCGCUUCCAAGCCUUCUUCCAAACCAACUGCCUCAACACAGGAAAUGCCCACAACUCCUUCAUAUCCUGAUUGGUCAUGCCCGGUGCAGGCUUAUUAUGGUGCUGGAGCGGCUCUGCCUCCCUUCUUUGCCUCAACUGUUGCUUCGCCAACUCCACAUCCAUAUAUGUGGGGAAGCCAGCAUCCUUUAAUGACUCCAUAUGGAACUCCUGUUCCAUUCCCAGCAAUGUAUCCUCCUGGGGGAGUGUAUGCACAUCCUACUAUGGCCCUGGCUCCAAGCAUUGCACGGAAUAAUACUGACCAUGAAGGGAAGAGUGCCAAUGGGAAGGAUCGAAGUGCCACCAAAAAGUCGAAGGGAGCUUCAGGAAGCAAAGCUGGAGAAAGUGUAAAGGCGGCUUCUGGCUCUGGAAAUGACGGUGGCUCUGAAAGCGCUGAAAGUGGCACUGAGGGCUCUUCAGAUGGAAGUGAUGAGAAUGACCAACAAGAACCUUCUACCGGUAAAAAGGGAAGCUUUAACCAGAUGCUUGCAGAUGCCAACGCACAGAGUAACAAUGCUGGGGCUUUAGUUUCCGGGAAACCCAUAGUGGCAAUGCCUGCAACCAACCUGAAUAUCGGGAUGGACCUAUGGAGUGGAUCCACUGGAACUGCGAAAAUGAGAUCCAACUCUUCUGGUGCUGUAGCCACAGUUCCUACUGGAGUUGUGAUGCCCGAGCAAUGGAUUCAAGAUGAACGUGAGUUAAAAAGACAGAAGAGGAAGCAAUCUAAUCGCGAGUCUGCUAGAAGAUCAAGAUUACGCAAGCAGGCAGAGUGCGAAGAGCUACAGGCGAGAGUGGAGAGCUUGGCGAACGAAAACCAUAAUCUGAGAGAGGAACUAAAGAAGCUAUCCGAUGAAUGUGAGAAGCUUACAUCAGAAAACAGUUCUAUUAAGGAUGAGCUGACACGGAUAUGUGGACCUGAUACGGUAACUAAUCUGGAGCAAGGCGAUGAAGGGAAGAGUUAAUAUAAUAGGAAAUCUACAAGCAGCCAAUGCAGUAGUUUGUGGGUAUCCGGAACAUUCUUUUCACCAUGGAUUCGCUUAGUUACUGAUCUGUACCCUUAACCCUUUUACAACUGUAAUUUAUAUUUUACAAACAGAAAACAGUUUUAACCAGAUUUCAAAUAGUUGUAUUGUGUGUAGAUUACUGGGAGCAAAAGAAUAAUUAGGGAUUAAUUCACACACACUCAGAAUUUUCUCUCCA